CAAUUAUAUUCACUUAUCUCUCUCUCUAAAAGCAAUAAAGUCUCUGUUUUUCUACUCAUCAAAGAGAGGUUUUCCUUUAUUUUUUAGACAGAGAAGCAUAAAUUCUUGUCCUCUGUGUAGUACAAAGUGGGGCCCCACUGAGUGAUGCCCUCACAGCAACGGCUACAUUUCCCAACUCUCUCUCUCUCUCUCUUGUUUUGAGUGAAUUUAUUUUCAUCUUUACGAAGAUGGGGUUUUUUGUCCACUUAUUAAUUGUCCUGAAUCACACGUCGAAUCCGACGUGGCACCUCUCUCCAUUGUAUGCCAGCUCACACUUCCCGUCUUUAUAAACCCACUCCGCUCUCACUUGUCUCCUCCACUGAGUCAAGUUAGUGUGUGAGACUGUAGAGUGAAAUUUGAUUGAGAGAGAGAGAGAGAUUAGAAAAAAUGGUGGGUAUGGGUUGGUUCAUGAGUAUGAUGGUGAUUGUGAGUGUGAUUUCUUGUGGUGAAGCUCUUCCAGCAGCUAAGUUCGAGGAGCUGUACCGCUCAAGCUGGGCUAUGGAUCACUGUGUCAACGAUGGAGAAGUCACAAAGCUCAAGCUUGACAAUUCCUCAGGAGCUGGGUUUGAAUCGAGGAGCAAGUACUUGUUCGGUAAAGUCUCUAUCCAGAUUAAGCUCGUCGAGGGUGACUCAGCAGGAACCGUCACUGCUUUCUACAUGUCUUCCGAAGGAUCGAACCACAACGAGUUCGAUUUCGAGUUCUUAGGAAACACAACCGGCGAGCCUUAUAUUGUCCAGACAAACGUGUACGUGAACGGAGUUGGAAACAGAGAGCAAAGACUCAACCUUUGGUUCGAUCCCACCACUGAGUUCCACACUUACUCAAUCCUCUGGAGUAAACGCAGUGUUGUAUUUAUGGUUGACGAGACUCCGAUCCGAGUCCACAAGAAUCUUGAAGACAAAGGUAUCCCAUUUGCUAAAGAUCAAGCAAUGGGAGUGUACAGUUCGAUCUGGAAUGCAGAUGAUUGGGCAACACAAGGAGGUCUUGUUAAAACAGAUUGGAGCCACGCUCCUUUCGUUGCUUCAUACAAAGGCUUUCAGAUCGAUGCUUGUGAGGUUCCGACAACAACUGAUCUAAGCAAGUGUAAUGGAGACCAGAGAUUCUGGUGGGAUGAGCCAACUGUGUCUGAGUUAAGCCUUCAUCAGAAUCAUCAGCUUAUUUGGGUUCGAGCUAAUCAUAUGAUUUAUGAUUAUUGCUUUGAUGCCACGAGGUUUCCUGUUACUCCUCUCGAGUGUCAACAUCAUCGCCAUUUGUAGUUUUAAAGUCAAACCUUUCUGUUAAAACUUAGUUCAAGUGAUCUUUGAUGAUUCUGUUUAAUGUAUAAAUAAUCAAUUAUCUAAUUGAUUUUCUUGAGUUUUUAUAUUUGGGUUUUAACAGAAAAUCCGAAAUUGGUGGAAACAAACUCAACGCACUUAUCGUUAUGACUUUUUAGGGUUUGUUUUGAAUGUUUCAAACCAUUAUCUCGAACUAGAUUGAGAUGGAAACAAAAAAGCCAAAAAGCUGCGAUUAGGGAUUUUUCUAUUUUAACAAUGGAGACGAGAUCUGUGAAACGGAGGAAGAAGAAGAAUGCAAACGAAGCGAAUUGGUUCUCUGUGGAAGAGAUGAUCACAGUAGACAGAAUCAGUAACCUCCCUGAUUCUCUUCUCCAUCAGAUUCUCCUCUUACUUCCUCUAAAAUCCGCAGCUAAAACAAGCUCUCUCUCGAAACGAUGGAGAUCUCUCUUUCUCUCAUUGCCUGAUCUCGAUUUCACCUCCAUUAAUGACCUCACCAAACCCAACUCUUUCUCUUCCAACUCCAUUUACCAACUGCUUUCUCUUCGUCAUCACCGUGAUUCCAACAACCUCAGAUCACUUCGUUUCCAAGCUCCAAUCACCUUCACGAGUCUCAACUCCUUGAUCCGAUUAGCUGUUACUCAUCAGGUUCAAGAUCUUGACAUUGAAGUCACUACCAAAGACUACUUUAACUUCCCUCGUUGGAUUGUAACGUCUCAGAAUUUAAGAGCCUUGAAGCUUAAGUCAUCGCACCCUGGUUUUCGAUUGCCUCCUUCAUCUUCAGUCCUUGGAGGUUUUCAAAAACUUACUUCACUCUCUUUAUCUCUUGUGAUUCUGUACAACCAACCUUAUCUCUCAGAUUUCUUCACCGAUCCAAACUUUCCUCUUCUAGAGAAAUUAACCCUAGAAAACUGCUUCGGACUCAAGGAACUUAAGAUCAGUUGCCGUGUUCUCCAAGAGUUUACGUUAAAGAACUCUCUACAGCUCGAUGGGUUAGAGGUUUCUGGCCAUAAGCUUCAGAGACUUAAGGUUGUGAGUUGCUUCCACUCAUACUCAGAAGAAAGCUUUGUGAAGAUUAACACUCCGAAUCUCAAAACUUUCCUCUGGAACUCAAAUGCAGCCACUACAAGUGUUCAUUUCUUGGAUAAGUUAGUUUGUCUGAGAAAAGCUUUCGUUGGAGUGCUUUUGCUUCAUCAAGAUCUCAAUUCACAGAUACAGAACUUAUUCACUCUCUUGUCAGGUCUCUGUCAUUCCUAUAAACUACAACUUGGAAACCAAUCCGUAGAGAUUUUGUCAAUCAAGAAGGGAUUAUCAAAGAAUCAUCUUCUACCGUUUCAAAACAUGAGAUUCUUGGAACUGCAAACACGUUUCGACAGACACAAUGUUCAAGCACUGUCAUGUCUGUUCAAGAGCUGUCCUAUGCUUAACAUACUUCUUCUCAAAAUCAUUAAUGAUCAAACAAGUGAAAGAAGGCAAUGGAAUAAGGACUUGUGGGAUAUGUCAAACUCAGAGAUUAGGUACUGGGAAUCUCAAACCUAUGAAGUUGAAUCUUUCUUGAACAACUUGGAGUUUGUGGAGAUUCAUGGAUUCUCAGAGUGCGAGAACGAAAUGAGUCUCGCGAUCUUUCUGCUGAGACAUGGAAAGGCUUUGAUCAAGAUGACCUUAAGAUCUAGUUUCCUCUGUAGAGACUCUCUCCGGAGACAAAUGAUUAGGUCACAGUUAACGGGAUUCUCCAUGGCUUCUUCCAAAGCCAAAAUCUCAUUCCAUUGAAGCAUUAUGCAUAAAAUAUCUCUGUUUCAG